CGUGAGCAGCGUCUACUCUAAGUAACGCUGUUGACAUAACAAAGAAAGUGGAGCAAACGCGGAAGGAACGACGGAGGGAAGAACGAAGGCACUAUGCUAGAAGCACAGCUCAUAUUAGUACUUGUACAUCCGUCGGUUCAGAUCUAUCCUGCAACGUAAUCGCCUCAAAGAGGGAGUUAUUCUCGCAUUCCUAACCCAAGCGACCUAUCAUCCUCAACAAACGAUCCUUCCAUCCACGGGCAAAGGACAUGAUCGUUCAAAGUUAAGAAAACCGCCCUGAACAUCAUGGGCACUCGCCAUCAAGACAUUUGUUCUCGCCUCCAACAUGACGAGGGCACUCGCACCAUUCGAGCCUCACCACACAUUACCUAUGAGCCGCCCACUUUUGAGGCCUCGCCACUGCCUCAUUCGCCGCUGAUGACUUCGGAUCGUCUACCCUUGUUCGACACUGAUUCGGGAUUUGAGCAUGAGCCGCCAUUCCUGGGUCAAGGUCAAGCCGGUGGCGGUGCUCAUUUGUCCGUGGUUGGGCAGGGUACGCAAGAUUCGGAUUCUUGGCAUUCGGGCAUUGACGACGAGGCCAAUCAGCCCGAUCCAGACAUGCAGUUCAUUAUGAAUCUGCCUCCCAAUACGUAUAACCCUAAUGGGACCAAUACCUUUUAUACCGUGUUCCUCAUCGUGAAUGCCGCCUUGGGAGCGGGCCUGUUGAACUUUCCCAAGGCAUUUGACGAUGCGGGAGGGGUAGGCGUAGCCAUCAGUGUCCAGGCAUUAUUGAUGUUCUUUAUCGUGUUGGCCUUGUUGAUCUUGGCAUUCACAGCAGACCAGAACUUGGCCAACACGAUACAAGAAGCCAUGGAGAGCGCUGCCGGAGUCUGGGGUCGGAGAGUCACAUCGCUCAUCGUGGUGUUGUAUACAUUUGGCACCACCAUCACUUUCAUCAUCAUCAUUGGCGAUCAGUUCGACCGAGGCUUCGCCUCCAUGGUGGGACCUGACUUUUGCCAUUAUUGGUACAUGGACCGCAGAUUUACCAUGACGUUCUCCUCCGUCUUACUCAUUCUACCUCUGUGCUACUCCAAACGCAUCGAUUUCCUCCGCAUUCCCAGCACCGUGGGUGUGAUCGCCAUUUUGUACAUCGUUGGCUUGAUAGUGUAUGAAUACUUCUUCGGUGAUUUCGUACCCGGGCCCAUUAAGACUAGCCCGUCUCAGUGGACCGACGUCUUUCUCGUGGUGCCCGACAUCUGCUUUGGCUACCAAUGCCACGUGAGUGUCAUCCCCAUCUACAGCUGUAUGAAACACCGAACCCUGAAACAAUUCUCUAUCGCUUCCACUGUGGCCAUUAUCAUUUGCGCCUUCUGCUACACUGUGGCGGCUACAUUCGGGUAUCUUACUUUCGGAUCCCUGGUUGAUGACGAUAUCCUGAUGUCCUAUUCCGCCUCGAGACCGGAGGUUUUCGUAGCCGUCUUGGCCAUGGCUCUCAAGACUUACACUACCUAUCCCAUUUUAUUGUUCUGUGGUCGAGAGGCUAUCAAUUCUUUGGUGUCGGACUUUUAUCGCUUGACUGAGCGGCAGGAAGUCAUUCUUCGCGUGUCUGUAGUGAGCGUUUGGUUCUUGUUGUCCUUGGUCUUGGCCGUUGUCAUUCCGAAUAUCGGCGAUAUCAUCAAAAUUUUGGGCAGUCUGGCUGCUGUGUUCAUCUUCACUUUGCCCGGAUUAGGUCUGUUGCAAUAUGCUCAUCGCUCAGAUCCAUCUUGCUUCCUGUUCCGUACAAAAGUAUUUCUGGUCACGUCAUUUGUGUUUUCGUUCUUGGGGGCAUUUAUUUUUGGCGUGGUGUUGACGCAAGGUAUUCAGUAUAACAUAAUGGAUACGGGACUGGGACCCAAACCACUCUGUGUUUGACGAGAAAAGACUUAAUGAUUAUGACAUUCAACUAGGAUGUGAUAGGAUAACUAUAAACAAUUUUUGUACCUUUGUCAGCCCAAAACCAUUCGAUGUCCCCUUUCCGGUAAAAGACUCUCAGACGGGACUUCCGCUUUUACUCGUGCAAAUUUCAAAGCCUUCGUGCCUCUUAUUUUGUCAGCCUUCAACAUCGACUCUAAAAUUAUGAAUAAAUAAAUAACCACGAUACGUCGCAA